AUGAAGGUGGAGGCCAAGUACAAGGGUCGCAGCCGGUACUACCCCGGCCGGAUAUCGCGUAUUCAUCGCGACGGGAGCUGUGACAUCGACUACGACGACGGUGAGAAGGAGCGCUUGGUCGACCCGUCACUCGUGAGAGCACUGGAGAGUGGCAAGGGUGAGCGGACGGGAAGUGGAGACCGCUUGGAGGAGGGCAUGAAGGUGGAGGCCAAGUACAAGGGUCGCAGCCGGUACUACCCCGGCCGGAUAUCACGUGUCCAUCGCGACGGGAGCUGUGACAUCGACUACGACGACGGUGAGAAGGAGCGCUUGGUCGACCCGUCACUCGUGAGAGCACUCGAGAGCGGCAAGGGCGAGCGGACUGGAGGUAGAGAUCGCUUGGAGGAGGGCAUGAAGGUGGAGGCCAAGUACAAGGGUCGCAGCCGGUACUACCCCGGCCGGAUAUCGCGUAUUCAUCGCGACGGGAGCUGUGACAUCGACUACGACGACGGUGAGAAGGAGCGCUUGGUCGACCCGUCACUCGUGAGAGCACUCGAGAGCGGCAAGGGCGAGAGAACCGGAAGUGGAGACCACUUGGAGGAGGGCAUGAGGGUGGAGGCCAAGUACAAGGGUCGCAGCCGGUACUACCCCGGCCGGAUAUCACGUGUCCAUCGCGACGGGAGCUGUGACAUCGACUACGACGACGGUGAGAAGGAGCGCUUGGUCGACCCGUCACUCGUGAGAGUGCUGGAGAGCAGCAAGGGCGAGCGGACGGGAAGUGGAGACCGCUUGGAGGAGGGCAUGAGGGUGGAGGCCAAGUACAAGGGUCGCAGCCGGUACUACCCCGGCCGGAUAUCGCGUAUUCAUCGCGACGGGAGCUGUGACAUCGACUACGACGACGGUGAGAAGGAGCGCUUGGUCGACCCGUCACUCGUGAGAGUGCUGGAGAGCAGCAAGGGCGAGCGGACGGGAAGUGGAGACCGCUUGGAGGAGGGCAUGAAGGUGGAGGCCAAGUACAAGGGUCGCAGCCGGUACUACCCCGGCCGGAUAUCGCGUAUUCAUCGCGACGGGAGCUGUGACAUCGACUACGACGACGGUGAGAAGAAGCGCUUGGUCGACCCGUCACUCGUGAGAGCACUCGAGAGCGGCAAGGGUGAGCGGACGGGAAGUGGAGACCGCUUGGAGGAGGGCAUGAGGGUGGAGGCCAAGUACAAGGGUCGCAGCCGGUACUACCCCGGCCGGAUAUCUCGUGUCCAUCGCGACGGGAGCUGUGACAUCGACUACGACGACGGUGAGAAGGAGCGCUUGGUCGACCCGUCACUCGUGAGAGUGCUGGAGAGUGGCAAGGGGCGGGGUAGGAGCCGGAGUCGCGAUAGAGGGGGUAGACCAGCAGUGUCUAGCUCCGACGAGGGGGGCGGGCUUCUGCGGGGAAGCUGGGUGGAGGCGUGUUGGCGUAGGGCAAGCCAGUACUCGCGGCCGAAGCGCACGCAGAACUGGGCGGAGGGUGAAGUGCUGGCCUGUCACGGCGACGGAACGUGUACGAUCAAGUACUCGGAUGGUCAGACAGAAGAGGGCGUUCCGGAGUCGUGCGUGAGAGCACCGGCAGCGGCUCCUAGAGGGCGGAGUAGAGACCGUCGCAGCGCUUCCCGCGGUAGGAGAGAUUCGCGUCCGGAUGAGGCCGGGAGCGGCGUGUGGCGUGCCGUGGAACGCAUGUCCAAGGAGUUGGCGAGAAGGGCUGGCGUUGAACGGAAGAAAGUAUCCUCGUCGAUGCUCGAAAGGGAAAAAGACGAGGUACUCAAGACGGACAUGGUGUUGGGGAGAUCGGAGUCCGCGCGAUUCAGGCGCGAAUUCAACAAGGCCGACUUUUCCAGAGACGGGGAGCUCACGACCGCAGAUACUGUGCGCGAAUUCCUCCGGGCGUCGGACGGCGCCGGCAGGAGGGGUGAAACGGGAGGCUACCACCGAUUGGACUUCCCCGCAUUCGUUCAGGCCUACGCAUGGGUCUUCUACCGUGGGGGCAGCACGGACGAAAGCGACAGCAACGGCGAUUCGGAACGCAACCAUGAUGACGACUCUGGUUCCUCUUCGUCGUACCGGACAAAAGAAAGGGGAAGGCGGCGAACAGCCCGAAGCUCCUCACGUGCCGGAAACCGCACUAGUGGCGAACGCCUGACGUCCAGGAAGCUCGGGUACCCUUCUCCCGAGAAAAGCAGCAGCCGGAGUCGGGGUCGGAGACAGGGCGGCGGGUCAGGAAUAGGAGAAGAAGCCGAGCUGCGGAGGUGGGCAAAGCGGCUCGGGGAGAAACAAAUGCGCCGCUUGGAGCGCGUUUUCAAUGAGUGGGCCGUGGAAGAUGACGGGAGCGAUGGCGAUGGUUCUACGGUAGAAGUCAGGGAUCUCGAGAGGUGUUUCAAGGAGCUCGGCAGGGAUGACGUGCAACGCCGCGAGCUCCGAGCGUGGUGUGACGGGGCGGACCUAGCCCCCGGGGAUACCCUAAGCCUAGCGGAUUUCGCCUACGCGUAUCAUUCUAUGUUCGUCGACACGACAGGAGAAGGGACGGCAGAGCAGCACGAGGAUUUGAUAAGGAGGGUAUCCGUGGGGAGGUCCGGGGAACAGGCAGCGAUGCUGGCGAGGGCGCGACAAGUGUUCGAAGAGCUCGACGAGGACCGGGACGGGGAGAUUCCGAGGAAGGUUAUCGGAAAGUUCUUGGCCAAGGGAGUCGGGGCCGCGGUGAAACCGUCGGUGGCGGAGGCUUUCGCCAAGCUGCGUCUGCACGCUCAGCCGGCCGAGGCUCGGGCUGCUGGGGAAGCGGCGAAAAGAUACGUGGAAAACGUCAUUUCAGCUCCGGGGGACGCAAGGUUUUGGAGGAUCAACGCCCAGAACGACGCUUUCUUCGCGAAGCUCGGCCGACAUAAGGGGGGAAAUGAGCUUCUGGCGGCGGUCGGAUUCUGCGACGAACUCAGAGUCGAGGCUGGAAAGAACGACAGUACCAACAGCCUGGGAACAAGAGGCGUAUCCUCGUCCGAGAAGGCUGCUGCUUCUGCUGCUCCCACCGGAGGAGGCGGCGGAAUGGAGCACAAGCAGUGGCUUGUCUUGGAAGGCACGGUGGGCGCCAACGGGAAACCCAUCAAAGCUGUGGGAGCCGCGCAGCUGAAGAUACUACGGGCCGCCCGAGACGAGGUGGACGCGGAGCUCCUUGCGUUAGAGGGUACUCCCAGCGUGUCCGCAUCCCUCCGCGCCUUGCGCGAGUCCCCCUCGUCAUCUCCGGACACCCCGCCCCCCGCGGCCGCCGUCCGUGCCGCGGCCGAGCUCCUGCUAGCCUACGUCACCAACGCCCUCCAGGACCCGCGAAACCCUCGGGUGCACCGGGUGCGCUCCGGAAAUCCCGCGUUCCAGCGCGCGCUGGGGCGUCUCGGGGGCUGCGAGGGGGCAAUGACGGCAAUAGGCUUCGAGCCUCGAGAUAGGGGCACGGUGUUCGUUCUUCGGGAAGUGGGGGCAGGUGCUGGAAAGGAGCGAGAAGAAGUCGGAACAGCAAACUUCCGGUUUCCGGCCCUAGACCCAGCCACGGAGGCGUUCUUGUGGCGAAGGAAGGCGGACCUAGAGGCCGCCAUCGAGGCCAUGCCCGCCACCGCAGCCGCCACCGCCGCGCCGCAGAGCGCACCGGGGCGAGCUGCCGCGGAUCUCCAAGACUCUAGGGACUUCGCAGCAGCAGGGGGAGAAGAGGGCAUCGCCGCUGGUACUGGUGAGACUGCGAGAAAUGGCCCGAUACAGAGGCGUCGCAGCUCUACGGCCGAGCCGCCGCCGCGGAGCGGUUCUUCGCUCUCUCGAAAGCAGAAGCAGCCCCCCGGUAGACGAACAAAGAGCGAAGGUCCUAGCACCGUCCGGGGUAGAGACUCGCGGUCAAGGCGUCCGCGUGGGGCGUCCGGGGCUGGUGGGAUGGGGAGCGUCGGCGCGGCGGCGGCGACGGCGCUGUUGGCGGCCGCCGAUCGCGGGGGGUCAGCAGCAGCAAGCGGGGCUCGGGGCCUACAGCUGGCCAUGAUCAAGGAGGCGUUUUCGCGAUUGGACAUGGACGGGGACGGCUAUAUCACGCCGGCGGAUCUGGGGCUGGCGUUUCGGAACAUGGGUCGGGACGCAAGCGAUCGCACCGUUUUGGCGUGGAUCCGUCGACGAGACAUCUACCAGGACGGGCGAGUGUCUCUCGACGAGUUCGUCGCGUCCUUCCAAGCCCUGAUCCCGCGGGACACGCCCGGGUGGGCCGCCGCCUCAUCAUCCGUUGCCGCCACGUCCGCCACCGGGAGAACCGGCAGCAUGAGCACGAGGCGACAGGGAGCAAUUUCCAUCGCCUCGGCUACCACUGGGAAAAAAACCAUCGCUAUGGACGACGGCGCGAGCGAGGUGGCCGCGGCGUUCGGGCGGAUCCGUUUAUCCGGGUCUCCGGCCGAGUGUCGCGCGGCGGCCGAGUUUGCUCUGGACUACUGCCGCCGGGUGAGGGACUCGCCGACGGCCCCGCUGCACUGGCGGAUCCCGCUCAACUCCAAGAGGUUCUCGUCGACGGUCGGGAGGCUUCUAGGGGGCGUCGAAUUGAUGCAAGCGAUCGGCUUGCGGCUGGAAGAAAAUGGUACCGUGCUCGCCCUCAGGAACGAGCAGGAUGAGACUGGGCGAGCGGGCGGGAAGUGGGACCGGGUACCGGAGAGCCUUCUUCAGCGUCUCGAUGCCUCCGCCAAGGAGCUGGCGGCCCAAAUGCGCGGGAUAGACCACCCGGAAGUGGCCGACCUCGCUGCGGUGUCAGCCGCCGUGGCAAGGUUAAGGGAUUCCACGGGCAACGCCGGUCCUCACUUGCGGUGUGUCGAAACCGCCGCGAAAUACCUCGGAAACGCCUUGGAACACCCGACGAUGGGCAAGUACCGUGUUGUCAACACCUCAAACGCGGUAUUCCUGAGGGACGUAGUUGCUGUACAAGGCGGGGUGGAGCUGAUGGUAGCUCUAGGCUUCCGGGAAGACGCCGAUGGCCACCUGGUUCUAUCGAUGGACACGGACCUCACCCACCUCACCGCAAGAAAGCUCGAGCUUGACGCCGGGCUUGCUUUCCUCCGAGCGGCGGCCGCCACCGCCCCUUCCGACAAGAAGACUUUGGACGGCAGUGACCCCGGACCAAGGAAAACCGGGACGCAGCAAGCGAGCGCUACCAAGCCAAAUGGGCCGGUCGCGUCCCGAAAGGCCGUGCACCAAACGUUGCCCCUGCCGAAAAGCAACAUCUCGGGAGGGACGGAAGGAGCGUCGGCAGUAUCGGCCAGGGGGCGUUCGGAGUCACCGGGGAGAACGGCGGCAGCGCAGGCCCGACUCAUGAAUGAAAGCCUCGGCAGGGAGGUACGGUCGCGGCGUGCGGCGCAGCUGGCCCUGGAAAAACGUGACCGGGACGUCGAGAGGCUCGAGGGCGAAGUCGCGGCCUUCAAGGAGAAGGAGGCGUCUGCCUUGCCGGUUCGCGACGCCCUGACUUUCGCCAGAAUGGAAGAAAGGGACAGGGCAGUCGUGAGCCAUCUUACUUCGAAGCUGGGACUGGACAUGACCAACGCUGCUCAGGCGCUUGCGUGGGCCGAGGACAUCAACAAGCGGCUGACGCUUGCAUCCGACGGCAAUAACGCGGCAGCCGCGCAGCAGCGGCGGGGUCGCCGAUCCUUUUCUGCACGGCAAGGGCGGCGGACCCGCCCCGCUACGUCGGCCUUGGGAGGGGCUGCGACGAGACUCUCGACGGCCGUGACGGCGGGAAAGGCGGUGUUGGAGGUCGCGCGACCGGAGAUUUUCCGCGCCGGGUGCAAGCUGGUCCUGGGGUCCGGAGCAAGCGCCGGCCAAGAGGGACGUUUCGUGACGGCUGUCGUAGGGUUCAUCGAGACCGCAAGGGAAGGGUCAGGAGAGGCGGCUGGGGGGGGCUACGUGGUGCUGGAAACGCCCGUCAAGCUAGACCACCCGGAGGGCGCGAAGGUCGUCAAUGGCCGGCCCGGGAGGGUGGAGGCUGCGGCCUACCGAAAACGGCAGGUAGUUUCGAUGGUGAAAAAUAGUGUCCUCCGCCCCAUAAUCGACGAUGCUGCUCGCCUUGGGGAGGACGUGCUGUCGGCGCGAGCGGCGCAGAGUGCCUUCGAGCGGCGCUCGGUGCAUAAGUACGUGUUCGCGGUGGUUCCACUCCGCGGUGGCGGGGUACCCCCCACCGGGCACGAUAGCGGAAGCGGCCGUGGGAUUGCGGUUUUCCCUGAGAUUGGACAAGUGGUGUCAGUGUCGGGAAAAUCGACCCUUGUCAGUCACCGGGAGACGUUGGCGCUGCAGUAUCUGAGGAGGAGCUUCUUGAGGAUAGGCCGCCGGUCUGCGUGGGGGGAGAUCUCCGCGGCCGAAAUCAGCGCUGAGCUGCGAACCAACCCGAUUCUCGCGGCCGCGUUGGCAUUUCCUAACGGGGGGGGCAACGAGAUGCCGGGCGAAGAACGGGCAGGCGCGCGCGCCCUGAGAGAAAUUUACCGUCGCCGCCACCGCCGGACGCUUGACGGCAACCGCCGCCGCCACCGCGAAGCGUUCGACGGCCGCAGCAGCGACAGCAACGGAAAUAAACCUAAUCGCACCGAGAAAGGCAAGGGCAAUGCCGUCAAGACAAGAGAUGCCGUAGCCGACGCGGGAGGGGAUUUCCACCGGCGGCCGCUGCAGCAGCAUCAGCACGGAGGAGAAACGGCAAUAACCUGGCCGGAGUUUGUCGGCGCUUUUAUCCCCCUCGGCCGAUUGGCAUUCGAAGGAGGCGCCCAUGUUGAGCAGGAGGAAGAGGACCAGGAACAAGGGCAAGGAGUAGCCGCGGGAGAGGAAUCCAACAGAGGGUCAGGACGUGGGUCACCUUUGCUCCUUACCCGGCGGAGAUGCGGGAACAACGGGACAACCACCAGCGGAGAAGGCCUGGUAGACGAAGAUGAGAUGCAGCUGCUCAGAGUCGCGUUUGCGUCGACGGCGGGGUGUGGGGGGGAGCGGAUCGGCGCGAAGGUGGUGGUUUCGUUAGCGGAGCUGAGGGCAGCGUCGUCGGCGCUUGACGGGGAGGAUCCGCCGGAGGGGGCCGUCCGAAAAGCCCUAGGGCGGCUCUUUUCGGGGCUGAAGGUGAAUACCACCACACGCGGCAGCACCAACGCGACCAAAAAAGCCAACCACACCUCACGACCGCAGGUCGAUACUGGACGGAGGGAGCUCGACAGAGCAGGUCCAGAUAAACGCUACUCGAUUCGAGACUUCGUUCUCCUGAGGGCCGUGAUGGCGCGGCAAGCAGCUUCUGAGGCGCACGACGGUGAUGGUGGUGGCUGCGGUGGGCCUGGUUUCGCGUCGGGUUGGAGGAUGUCGGCACUGAUGCACCUGCGGAGAGCAUUUGUGGAGACGUUCGACUCGACGGGCGACAACGCUGACACAGACACAGACACGGCGGCCGUGAGACCCGCGGCGACCAAAGAGCUGCCACCCUCAGCUACACUCAGCGCCGACGAUUUCGUUUCGCGAGCGAUGGCCGACCCCGUCAUCGUCCAGUUCUUGGGGAUGCGUAUCACUACCACACCCGCCGCCGCCACUAGCGGCAGUAGCGGGUGUCUUACGCUGCGAGAGGCCUUGCGCGAGCUCGUCGUUGGCAGGGGGAAACGGUCACGGUCGAAGGCGAGGCAGCAGUUCGACACCCCUCCCCGGCUGCGGUGGGAUGACGUGGAGGGGUUGUUGUUCGAGCCGCACGACCCUACCGAGGUGUUGGGAAACCCCUCGUCCACGGUUUCCGUGACCGAUGCCGGAGGCGCAGGGGAGGAGGGGGAAGAGGUAUACGAACUGGCUGCUGAUACGGAAGCCGGCAUCAUUUACGCGCUCAUGACCGACGGCGAGGUGAAAGUGUACGACGCCGCCGGGCCGUUGGGAGGCGGGGGUGGCGGCGGCAGCAGCGAAGUAGGGGGACCGCUGUGGACUUCUCAGGUCAUCACGCACGAUCCAUCGCCAAGAUCUCUGGGGACGGAAACGCGAGAGCGGUACCGUCGAUGGCGGGAAGGUGUCGGUCUGGACGACAACUCAGGGCCCGGAGACCGGAGCACCACCGCAGCAGACGCCCGGCUUCGGUGCAAGAACGGCGCCCGGCACCUCUUGCGCCUGCAGCCGCGAGCUAGAAUUCUCUUUCCCUGCCCCGGGACGGGGCUCCUUCUGGUUAACUCCUCCGCCGGUGACCGCUGCGUCCGCUUCCACGAGACUGCCGCCCUGCGUCGGAUAUGCCGGACUCGGCUGGACUUGCCCCCGCCACCGCGCUCGUCUUGCACCGACGGGCAAGGAAUUUUUGACUUGAUGGCAGUGCUCGACGGAGGAGGGGGAGGAGGCGCUAGAAGCAGUGGUGGCGGUGGCGGUGGUAGCGGUGGUAGCGGUGGUGGGCGUACUGGGGUGGUCGGCACGACCGAGUGUUCGUUGGUGGAUCUCGUGUUCUUGCCGGAGGUGUCGGUGCUGCUUGGAUUGGUCGGCGGACGGCCUGAGGUUCAGGCAUUCUGUUCCGAGACGGGCCUUGUGCUGGCGGUCCUGUGCGGACACGCCCUUCCGGUCAGCUGCAUGCUGUGGAUACCUUCGCAGCUUAUGCUCGCGACGGGAUCGGCAGACACCACGGUGCGGGUGUGGGAUAUCGGGGCGGAGAUAGUGCCGCACGCCGACGAGUGGGCGCGUUUUAAGCGGGAAUGCUUGUUCCCGAUUAACAGCAGCGACCGGUUGGAAAAGCAGGCCCAACACGUGGACAGCUCCUGCCAAAACCAAGGGUAUCCUUCGGUGUCUUCCGACAUCAGCGCUUUGGAAAACGCCUUGGUACGCGGACAAGACGAGGGCGGCAGCAGCAAAAACAACAACUCGGGUACCGACAACACCAUGUCGGCGGCGCCGGUGUCCAAGGACAACGCCCGCCGCGCCCUUCGAUCGCUGAGGCCGGAGGUUCUUCGUCAAGCGGGCGCUCGUGCGGUGUGGCGCACUGGUUGGGUGACGGCCGUGUUGGACCACCAUGCGGGGAGAGCCGGCUCGUUAAAUCGUCAAACGGUGACGGGCGGGGCGACGACAGCCGGUGGUUCGGCAAAGAACGCAAGGACGGACCCACUGAUCGAGGUCACCUACGAUGACGGCACCAUAGAGCUGGGCGUCGACUCCCGGCGGUUGCGAAGGCCGGAAGAGGCAUACCGUCACGAAGCUAAAGGCAACGGGAUCAACGGCGGCACCGAUUCUGCGACACCAUCGGUGGGCCCGGACUGGGAGCGACGGCCCGUUCGUCCGGUAGUCGACGCCAGGGUCGCCGUGUACGGCUUCUGCAAAGCACGACUUUGCGAGCUCGUGAUUGGCAUGAUCAUGGGAGGCGUGGUGGGUGGAGGCGCUGUCGACUCUCCUGCUCCGCCCACUCGGCUUGACAUCUUGACAACCCUCCAAGUAAUCCGUGCACGAGCCGCUUGUGCCGCCGCGGUUGCGGGAGACAAGUACAUCAACAACGACGACGACCACGGUAGUGCUCGUGGCUGUGCCGACGGUCAUCAAGAUGACGACCGUCUAGAUGACGACCGUCUAGCUUCCCCGGCUGCGCUUGAAGCCGCCCUCGAAGCGAUGGAUUUGGAUACGAGAUCGAGAGAAGGAAACGUGCUUACAAGCCUCGACAGUGGCGGAGGUGAACGGAUGCUGCCUCGGUGGAACGGGCUGCGAUUGCCGGUCCCAUGCAAGCACCUUCUCUCAUCGGGUCGCUCCGAACGUGGUGGCACGCACAGCGGUGAUGGCAACCGCUCUCCCGUGACAUGUCUGACCUACCUUCCCCUGUCGAUGCUGCUGGUCUCUGGGCAUUCUGACGGCAGGGUUCGGGUGUGGGAUCCCUGUGAUCGGAGACACAAACUCGCCCCACCGCCACCGCAAUCGCUGCGCGCAUUAGGCAGCGAAGACAGAGAGACCCAGAGCCGCAAGGGGGGUCGACGCAGCGGUAGGCACCAUCGUCUCUUCCCGGGAUCGUAUGCGACAACGGCAGAAGAGUGGACGGAGAAGGGCCGGACGUUUAGCUGUGUGGCGACCUUCGGCGCUGUGCCGGCGAAGGCGAACACGACAGAAAGAAGAGGCGGCGCGGCCGGCAAGAACGGAAGGGGAGGGUUCCUGAAAAUUCGAGAGCUAAACUCGAUUGUGCUACCCGGCGGUGGCGCGGCCUCGCUGAUCGUGCCCGACCCGGAAAGUGUGCGGGCGGCACGAGCGAUGGACGAAGAGGAACCAUGGGACCCGGCCUCGAAGAUUGUCGUACUUACGAGAGCAAGACACAAACGGGCACACUCCCUCAUCAUUCUGCCAGGAAAUGGUGGUGGCUUCUUCUACUUCACCAGCAGCGGGGACAUGCUAUCCGUCCCUUCUCCGAAGGGGUUCGAAGAGCACUAUGUCCUCCUCGACGAUGCUUCCUUCUUCGAAGUUUCAGGCCCACUCGCCGCCGCCCAGGGCGGGGAACAAGGUGGUGGUGGGGAGGGGGUUGCGGCGAGUUUGAGAGCGGCGUUCAGGGCACGGGCAGGGGUGUUGCGGGUGCUGUACGCCGCUUCCACGGGGCCACGGGCUGUAGAUGCCAUGGCUCGACAGAUGCGUGACACAGGCGUCGCGGCGAGACCCCGCCGAGCUCUAGAUGCUCUGUUUCCCGGACAGCGGCUCGCCGUGUUCUACCGGGAAGGGGACGGCCCCGAUCGGGACAUUACCGAAACCGUUAACUUCCCCGGCAAAGGGGCGUCACAUCCUACGGACCAUACUGCCGUCGGCAAAACAUAUUGUGUGGAGGGUUCGGCAGAGUUUCUCCGGGUCGAAGUUUGUGGUGAUCGCGACGGCGGCGACGGCGGCGGCGGCCACCGGGCACGUGCAGCCAGCGUGGUUUCGCUGUGGGCGAUCGGUAGGGUGUCCCUGCGCGUUGAGGCGAGGUCCUUCGAUGAGGCUUUGGGGGAGGACCGCCGGGCUGCCGCGACAAGUGCGUUCAUGGCGUCUUGGGCCCUGACGAUGCAGAACCUCCGAGGCGUGUGCUCCGAGCGAGCUUUCGCCGCGAGAAGCCGCGCCAACGCGGAAGCCAGGCUCAUAGCACGCGUCUCCUGCGGCCUCCGCUUGUGCUCGCUCGAUCGGGCCUGCGGCGAGGAGGUUGCAGACGCCAUUGGUACCGCGGCCCUCAAGCAGGCGCUGGCGGCUGGACUCCGCCUCCCGUCCCGCUUCCCUGCUAGCGCGACGUCGCCUGCUGACCGCCACAGCUCCGCCGUCUACCUCCAGGCAGCAAAGGUGUUACGCUAUCUCAUGAUCACAGGAGCGCAGGAAAAUGCAAGAGGGAGAGAGACAGGAACAGGGCUGGGGGUGACGCUCCUACUGCAAAGUUUGAAGCAGGCCGCAUUUCACCCGGCACAUGACCCCAUCACGCGGCAUUUCCUCCGACCGAUGUUAACUCCAGCGUUCCAGGAGGCAGUGACGGGCGGGGCUCGGCAGGACAAUCGCACCGCCGAACGCACAAUCCAGUGGGAUGGGUUGCGGGCAGCGCUCGACGCUGCUGUCGCCCAUCCCCAGCAGUGGGCUACAACAGAAGCGGCGUUUACCAUUCUUGUCAGGUUCGGGCAAGCACCGGUUCAUGGAACGGCGCUUGAGGGUUUCGCGAAGAACGCCGAAGAGCUUGGGUUGGGGGAUCCCCCCGCUCUCGGCGACCACGAUACGACCCCCACCGUUCGGUCCGGGAGUGCCAAUAGAGCGGCGGCGGCUCUCUCAACAACGUGCCUCGGUGCCAGCGCGGGGGUGAUCAUUGCGAAGGGGACAGGCCAGGCCGACGAGCGCUGUCCAUCAGGCCUUCGCGGCACGUUGGAAGGAGCGGCAGCACCCGAGCCCGGUGGAUGUGGCGAAGCUUCGUCGGUGCUGCUAGGGGCCGGUGAAAUCGCCGAUCUUGCCGCCGAGCUGGACCCGAUGAGACGAAUAGACCGCGCUUUCGCCGCUUUAGCGGAAACGUUCGAUGAAAACGAUGCCUCAUCCGUAGCUGGUGCUGCCGGUGUGAGGGGACGACGACGGCAACGCCACUACCGCUCUCCGUUGCAUAGCUACGCCGUCGCCAGGCGAUGCCGCAACUGGACGAACAAGCUCGAGGAGGUGGGGGAUAUCCUCACGACGACUCAGCUAAGGCUCGGCCGACGGGGUCAAGAUCUCCUUCUCGCGGGUACCGCGGACACGACGGCGCCAGUUCCUCCCGACAGCCGCCCGCCUACCGCAAUGCCGGAACACGAAUUGAUUGCCCAAGCGAAGGCCGUCAUGGCAUCAGCGGCGCGACGUCAGCUCGACGAGGCCGACAGCGGCAGCAACGCACGCGUCGUCGACGGGAAGGGCCACGACGGCGCGGCUAUUCUCACUGCUCAGAUCCACCGCCACGCACCGUUGCCGGACCGUUCGAAGAACGGCGUCCGAGCGUUCGAGGGACGGGGAUUCUACCACGGCCGCGGGGCUGCAUCACGAAGAGGGGAUGCGGGGGAACCUGUUGUUGUGUUGGAAGUCUCACCCGCAUUCGCAAGGCGAGAGCCGACCACAACCGACGGUGGUCAUGGAAGACGAACCAUCGGCGAAAACUUGGCCUUUGCGGCGUCCGUCCUAUCGGUGCGAGUUCUCCGCCAGAAACCCGGGUUGAUUGGUGUCCACCCCGGGGUAGUCGUGGUGGAGGGCACUAAAAGCAACAGGCGAGUUGAUGCUGCCGGAGAGAGACGCAGAGAGGAGAGUGCAGACACUGCUGACGGAUAUUCUCCCGUGCCCGUGCGGAUUGUUUGCGAGCGCCUGGAAGGAUGGAGGUCGCUUCGUGAUGUGGUCCUUGAGCACGGGCCGCUGGCGAUUCCGUCCGAGAUAGCAGCCGGCGAGGGAGGCGAAGGGUUUCGCGUCCUGCGCCUUUGGGGCAGACAGCUGGCGUCCACCCUAGAGUGUCUAUCAUCCGCCUCACUCCUGUUACGAGACCUGCGUAUGUCGACCGUUUUCGUCUCCCCGGACGGGUCGACGGUCAAGAUCGUAGACUUUUCUAGCUUAGCGAAUUUUUCUUCAGACACCGGUCUCGUGUCCUCGGAGGCCCCCAAGCUCGACGGCGACAUCCACGGCCCAACGAUGCCCUUGACCCCGUCAGAAGCUCUCACGAUAAGGGGGAGCACGGAAAACGGCGGUGUCUCUGACGGCAGCGGCGAAUCGAUCGACGACAGUCGACACGAUGGUGUUUCGCUUGUUCUCGCCGACGCCGGGAGACCCGGACCGUUUCCCAUCACAGCCGCCUGGGACGUGUGGACGCUCGGGAUCCUACUCUUCGAGCUAGCUUUCGGCCAUCCGCCGCCGGCGUACGGCGAGUCUCUUCGUCGAGGGCUCUCCUCCUUGACGCUUGACAACGCCACCAGCGGCGGCACCAAGGUCACCCCGGUUCCGAAGCUCGACGAUCUGGUGACCGCGAUCCAGUACGAUUUUCUUUCGGCGGUCGGCGGACUCACCAACAAAGAAGAGGGGAAAGAGGGGAACGGGGUGGGGUUGGCGACAGCGCACGUCGGCGAUUCUCCUCUCGAGAAGGCACUGGGAUGUAUGUCCCUAGGGGCUGCCAUAGGAGAGGGAGAUCCAUUCCAUGUGGCUUCGUCUGCAGGCGUGGGAGAAGGCACGUCUGCCAUCUGGGACGAUGGUCGGAAAUCGGUCCACCGGUUUCGACGAGCUUGGGUCCGGCGGCAGUUGCAGAUGGAGGAGGGCGGGGAUCUCGAUGUGACGACAUGGCAGACGUUUCAGGAGAAACUCCGAGAUCACCUGGAUGUCUCCGUUGCCUCGGCGGUGGCAGCAACUACCCCGUGGUCGCCGAUAAGCGGGGGAGACGAAGGCGGCGGCAGAAAGAAGGUCGGGGCCGUCCAUCAUGACCACGGUGUGCCCCUUUCCAGCAAACGAAUGACACGGCAGGCGACCGAAGUCGCCGUCGACAGGACCGCGGCGCAACUGGUAGGAGCGGACCCCAGGGGGACCGGUCGACUUCCGUUCUCGGUCGUGCGGGGCGUCGUGCGUGAUGAGCUCCAGCUGCCUUUCUCGACCAGCGAAGCCGAUCUCGUCGCGUUUUGCCUUCGAGACGCAGGAGGGCCGGAAGGCAGCGGCGGCGAUGCUGAAGGCCGCGACGCUGACAGUCCUGCCGGCCAAUCUUACCGCGAAGGCGAAGGGAAUGUUUUGUACAUCCCUUUGGUGCACGUUCUUCGUGCGGCCAGCCUAUCCUCUGCCGCCUCCGGCCCCGGCCUAUCAAGGUCGUUACGCGCAGGAGACGACACGUUGCAUCCCCCAACCCCGGCGUCUUUCGUAGAGCUCCUCUUUGCCUGCCUGGAGCCGAACCCGAAUCGCCGUCCCUCUUCGGCUAGUCUUCUGGGUUUUCCUUUUUUUUCUCCCCGCCGACAGCGAACGAGUGGCGAAGAUGACCUCAAGGCCGCUGCGGAGUACAUGGCCGGGUCUGGAAACGACUUGUCGCCGACGAUGGCGUUGCGUGAUCGUGUGGAGUCCCGAAUCCAAGCUCUGGAGGCUGCGUCUUCUCAACCCAAGAACAGCCAGGAGGCUGUGUGUAUGCUAAACCAUCACUCUUCGACCAGGGCGAGGCCUGUCCGCGGAAGGGGAGGCGACGGUGCCUCGGCAAACGUCGGCGUAGGCGUGCUAGUGGAGGCCUUGAAGGAGCUGGAGGGUCUGGUGCAUCGAUCAUCGCCGCCUGUUGACCGUCUGGGCGAGGAUGACUACCCGCAGCAGGCCCGCAGGGUGACCCUCGGCCACUCGAAACUGAUCGGCGAGAUCUUCGAGACUGGUGUUCUAGUGAGAGCGACGGCGCUCGCCCUUAGGUUCUUAGAUCGAGAAGAGGCCGAGGCAGUAGGCCGCGGGGUUUCGGGCGUCGGUUUCGUGGAAGGCGACCCUAAAAAAACUGUAGGGGCCCGCGUCCUCCUCGCUCUGGCCAGGGUGCUCGAGGGGCUGCUGUCGGACCUGAGGAGACCAGGCAGUGCGGUUCGGCCGUACGCCGACAUCGUCUUGCGGUGUCUUGUCACCCUGUUUCUCGGGGAGGAGGGGUUUCUUGCCGUCAGGUAUGGCAAUAUCAGCAACACUACGGUCGGGAAGCCUGGUGCUGCAACCGAAAGCGCGCAGUACAAUUCAAGCACGGGCGGCUGCGAAGGUGGGAAGUCGCACUGGCAGCCUGCCAUAUCGCAGAUGUUCGAAGGACUGCUGGUCGAAGCGGUGGGAGAGACGGGAGAGGGAGGGUACUCAUACCUCACCAUCCAGAGGUAUAUUCGCAGGUGUGCGUUGGCGACACAUCAACCUGGAGCGGGUGCAUUGUACGGUGAUAGUGAUGAUCUGGAAGGGCUUGGGGAUGCUAGUGGCGACUGGGCAAGCUCCUCCUCCGAUGACGAAGAUGACGGCCGCGAUGAUGACAACGCCGGCUUUGGCGACACUCGCGGGGCCAGCACCACGGGGAGCAGCGGUCUCAUCCGGUCACAUGUACCACCCAUGUUCGUGCGCGCAUCCACGUACUUCGCCGAGCUCCUGGCAUUAGGGAGGGUUCUGUAUGCACUCCAUCGAGGCAGCCGAACAACCACCGGCGGAUUCGCCAGCGCCACAGGCCGGGCUCGCCGACAGGCGACCGCGUACUGCCUGACGGUAGUGCGGAUGUGCUGCGACGUCGGCAGCGGGGGGCUCGACAAAACCGAGCCUCUCGGCUGGAUGGGUGGCGGGCGGGAGCUGGACGAGGACGGGGCCACCCUGCAGCGGACGCAGCUCUUGGUGGACGCGCGCCUCGGGGAGAAGCUGGCGCCGUGUCUCCACGACCCCGACCCCGACGUCCGAAGAGACGCCGUUAGCUGCGCGCUGUCGGCCCUCCAAGGGGGACACAAGCGCCUCCAGUGGGUUUCCAUGUCGGUUCGGCGGUUGGACCCGCGGGCUCUCCUGUCGCUGGGGUUCUGCACGACGGUGUGGGUUUCGGCGUUUGCGGCGAUAAUCCGCGGCCGCGGCGCUCCCGCCUUGGGGUCCGCCAACCCCAGCCGCUCAGCCCGCGAGUCGGAAGAAAACUUGAGGAGAAUGGCCCUCCAGUGUCUCGGGUACAUGGCCGAGGGUGGAGACCUUGCCACGUACAGCUGGCGCGGGUGUCGGGUGCUGUCUGCCCUGCAAGGGCUACUCAGCCGUGGCGGACCUCCGGGUGUGGCCCGGGCUCACUGGGGCGCUAGGGGACCCGCAGUAGGGGCGACCGAUACGCUGGCAGAAGCCCUGGCCCACGGGGACCGGGAAACGGUUGACGCCAUGGAGAACCACGGCUUGGGAGUGCGGCUUGGUCAGGCGGUAGAAGCGUCGACGCGGCUUACACGAGAAAGCCGCCGGCUAGGGGUGGAAGAAGUUCACCUGCUACGAACAUACCCCGCCGGAAGGCUGGCGAGAGUGAAGCUAUUUGAUCGAAUUUUGUGCCACCGAGGGGACCGCGGCGGCGGCGGCGGCGGCGGCCGCGGGCUGCAAGCCCAACUUAUAGUUUCCGGCCUUGUGGAGUUUAUCGCGAUAAAUAUGCUGCCCGAUUGCGCCGUAACGGACAUCGUUAGCACACGGCUUCCGGCCGCUUUCGUGCGGUACAACGGGACCCCGCUCGUGAGAAACGAGGGCAUCGCGUUUCUGGAGCGGGUGGUUGCGAGGCGCGCUGGUUGCCCCGCCGUCGCCCGCGAAACCGCGAGGCAGGCCGUGAGGCAUGGCCUUCCACCCGCAGAGUGCACCCGUCUCAGAGGAAAUCGCCACCGGUCUGUACGAGCCGGGGUGAGUGCGUGUCUCAGGUGCCUGGCUCGGUUGGAGAGUCCUCCCGUCGACAGGGCGUUAAAGCUCGCAGGCGUCCCGCGGCGGGCUGUGCUUCGUGCCAGGAGAGACCAUGGGGCUGCCGAGACCAGGCGGCAGUGGGCUCGUUGGGUUCGCCGUAAGGCUACCACCCUUGGCGAGGCUCCACCGACGCCGAGCACCCACGUGGCGCCCAUCGAGGAUAGGACCUUCGACAACGGAGAACCGCAAGCACUGGCACGGCACGAUGUCCAUAGCACGACAGUUACGCCGCAACCGAACAACAUACAGGCAGCGCUAGGCGUCGGGAUCGAUGCACCGCACCGCAGGGAGAACAGACCCCUUUCUUUCGUUGCAGAAGGGGCAGAUGGUGCAGCCGGUAAAUCACCAAUACCGAACAACACAUCAACCGCACCCGAGAAGGAAAAGAACGCCGUGCUGACAAUAGAGGGGGAACUAUCGACGUUGUCCGUCCCCGGUAUGCGUGGGCUUCUCGCAGCGGAACUCGCCACCGCCGAAGAGAGCAUUCGUGUCAUCGAAGUCGGCGGUAGCAGCAACGGAAGUAGUACCGGUGGUGGCGAUACCUCUCGCCAAGCUCCUACUGCUACCAGAACAGCUCCAUCUUCGACCUCGGAUGGUAGGUCGACCCUGAAACUCGCGCUACCAAGCGUGAUCGCCGCCCAGUUGUACACACGCUGUCUCGCUGGAGUUCUCCGUGUCCCGGGGCUUCUGUUCGUGGAGGUCGAAGGCAAAGGAAAACUCGCUUGGAAUGGAGAAGAAAUCGUCCCAGAUGAAGUCGCUCCUCGCCGUCUCCAGUCAGCACUGUCACCAGCGCCAGCCACGCCCCCGCUGUCGAGGCAGCCUCCACCACCUGCUUAUGCGUCACCCCCGAAGGGAGAUUCAAGAACCCCCUCCUCACGACGACACCCGAUCAUCGUCGGGUCAGAUCGACCGUCUUCUGUUGGCGAAUCUCGAACCCCACCAGUGCCUGACGGUUUUAAGAAAGGGAAGCAAGGGGUGCAGAAGACUUCGCCAGUACAAGGUGGCGGCGGUGCGCAAGGCAUUUCGAAAUUCUCCUGGUUAGGCGGCCGGGCACCCGGCACCACCAAGAGAAACAGCGACGAUGAAGAAGACAACGACAACCGCGUGGCCCACCGUCUGGGUGCUAGGGUCAACCUGGACGCAGCUGGUGAGGACUCCGCUCCACCUCGAGGACCUGCAGCACUAGCGUCACGAUCAGCACCACUCCUAUCCCCUCAGGAGCAGCGCGCGCGCGUGGCAGUCGCACUCGAUCGCAUGGGAGCAUCCGUAGUGGAGGAAACCACAUCUUCCGGCAGGAAAAGUCAAGGAGAGAUCUGGGCGGAAGGACGCGGUGGGAUGUGGACCGCGAUCCCACUGAACGAGUGCAGGGGCGCCAGAAUAAUUUUCGAUGAGCAAGCCGAGGAGCACAAUCAAGAAGACAAGUCAGACGACGGAGGCUUAAGCCUGGAACAAAGUCUCGACAAAGAGGGCGCCAUCGCGACUCUGGAGCGUCUUCGGGUGGAAAAUCCCGACGGGGUUGCGCUGAAGAGCUACUUCGACGACCGCGGCGGUGUGAUCGAUGAGCUCUUCGGCGGUCGGGUUUCAUUCCAGGAACUCGUGAGGGCCAUUCUGAUUCUCGACCCCAGAGCAUUGACGCUCCACAGCCCUGGUCACACCUCCACACUCGAUGAUGCCAGCGGUGUCGGCAUUCCAUCGAACGCCCGAACAAACGUAUCUAGUCCGGGGGGGUACUUCGACGGCAUGCCCGGGCGCGUGCUCGGCGAUGGCGGUGGCGGCGACGCAAACGGGAACGACCACCACCAGGGGCAUCGUUCUCGAUCCUCUUCAACGGAGGAGAAAGCGCGCUCGCCCCCCCCACCCUACCCGGGAUCUCAAAGGGAGGAUGGCACUAGGGUCAAGGCCGCCGCUGCGGUCAACGAUCGGGACGAAGAAAGGUCGACGGCGGUAGGGGUCGCGGCGGCGGCCGCACGCCUGCGCUUGGAGCGCGACGAAAUGGAAGAGCGUCGUGCGUGGGCGCAGAGGACGGUUGUUGGACGGACGUUCAGAUCGAGCCGUCCGGCGGCACCGCCGAGUUCUUUGGGUGCUGCUCGUCCACAACACGCGGGGCGGGAAACAAACCGUGUGUCUUCCAGCAACAAGGGCACAGGGGACGGCCUACUAGGUCAGGGGAGACCUACACGCCGAAGGCGUAGACACGCACAAACUACGAAGGAUACGGCCCCUGCUGACGUCACGGCUGCCAGCGAGACAGACGAAACCGCUGGUGACGUCGUAUCUCGAGCCUUUGAGCGGUACGCAAGCGACCGAGACAGGGACCGAGAGCGAGGCUUUGGUGGCGGGAGGGUAGGACAGCGGCCUUGGCUACACCCCGCGUCGUCCACCUCUUUUGCCCUGCCUGGUGAUAGUGAGCGACAGCAGCGUUCGCCGUGGACGUUGCGAAUUGAUGGCGAGUCCGGUGCAGAGUCAGACGGAAGCUCCGCGGAGAACGACGACUACGCAAACGCUUCCACUCUCGGCUACAAGCGACGACAAUCUCGAACGGACCGAGAGGCGCAGCAAACAGGGGUACCGCCAUCGGACAUAUAUCGCGGCGCCCCCUUGGGGAAUGGGACAGGACAGCAGGUGAUGGGGGUGAACAGCGGCGACGAGGGCGGGGGGCGCAGCCGGCGGAGUUCGUUUGUAUGGAGGCGAUCGAUGGAAAGAGAGGGUGCGGGAGAACACGGGGAGGGGCUGGGUGGCGGCGACGGUGCCGAGAGGUACGGCAGUGGCAGCGGCGACGAACGGGGAUACGGGGACGGCGAUGCUGCUGUCGGCAGUCCAGAGAGAGAAAGAGCUCUUCGGGGGGCUUUCGACAUGUACGAUCUCAACGGCGACGGCUUCAUCACGUAUCUGGAGCUGAAAGCCGCGUUCCAGCAGCGAGGAGUGACAGCAUCGGACGAAGACCUACGCGAGUGGAUCAAACAACGGGACACCUCGGGAACCGGCGCCGUCGAUUUCGCGGACUUUUCAAAGGCCUUCGUGUUUUCGUCGUAGCAUGAUGUGACUUCAUCGACCGAUUGGUGUCGCCAAACGUUCAGCACUGAAAACGCCUUCGUUGAACGUCGUCGAUCUUGUGCAUGGAUGAUGGGUGCAUGUGGGUACAUAGCCUGUACAGUGGAAACCAUACGUGUAAGUACUGACCAAAGGCGAUUCAACACGAAAAUUAGAGAGAGAGGGUGGGGCGUGGAAGCCAUGUUUCGAUGGCGGGAACUACAACAUUAUAACGUGUUGGUGACGAGCUUUUCACGAAGGACAUGCAGCGUAGGUCGAGGUGGGAAUGUCCGCUCCUGAUCGCCGCCGUGUAUUUCGUGUCGUAUUUGGUGCGGUCUGUUGGUCUCAACGUUCGUUGUGUUUUCCAUUCCAAACCUCUGUAGGUUUAGCCCCAGAGUAUCAUGUUCCCCAGAGCGCGAAAAUUCAUUGCUCCACAUGGUUGGUGGGAGCGUAGCCUUCACCACCGAGUUACAAUUAAUCUGUAAAGGAUGUUGGCAGGCAGGCCACAAAAAAUCUUUUCACGGCGGUGUGAGUAGAUGGGUGUAGAAGGGGGAUAACCACAACAAGGACUGAAACACGGUUGUUGGAGCAGUGACGACAGCUUUCGGGAAAAUAUCAUCCGGCGAUG